ACACUGCAUUCAUCUACAAUGGGAAAGGCGUGUUAGAAAGAGAGAGAGGGAGAGAGCAGUACGGGCAGAGGACUCGCUGCAGUGCAGGUGGAUCACAACUGAAGAGGAAGGUUCAGAGGCAGCAGUUUAACUCUACUUGGCUGUCCAGCAGGUGAGAGUCAGAGCAGCGGGCAUAGAGCGAGCGAGUGAGGUGAAGCAGGCAUGAGCGUGGAAAACCAUCAAGGGGUGGUGACUACCCCGCCCCCGCCCAGUGGAGGGACUAAGGAGCGCUACUUUGACCGGGUCAAUGUCAACGAUCCGGAGUACAUCAGGGCGAGGAACAUGUCACCUGAUCUGCGGCAGGACUUCAAUGUUCUGGAGCAGAAGAAACGUGUCACGCAGAUCUUACAGAGCCCCGCCUUCAAAGAGGAGUUGGAGAGUCUGAUCCAGGAGCAGCAGAGGAAAGGGAACAACCCCACUGGCCUGCUGGCCCUCAGACAGAUUGCUGACUUCUUCAUGUCUAGCUCUGUGGCCGGCUUCAACACCUCCCCCCUCAGUCUGGGGAUGGUCACUCCCAUCAACGACAUGUACGGAGUGGAAUCCACCACCAUGGUGAAAGGCGAGAAGCUGACACGCUGUAAGCUGGCAAGCCUCUACAGACUGGUGGACCUGUUCAGCUGGGCCCACUUGACCAACUCCUACAUCACAGCUCGAGUCAGUAAAGAGCAAGACCACAUCCUGAUCCUCCCCAGAGGACUGUCAUUCACUGAGGCGUCUGCAUCAAACCUGGUGAAGGUCAACAUUAUCGGGGAUGUGAUCGAACAGGGCUCCACCAACCUGAGAAUGGACCCUUCAGGUUUCAGCCCCCACGCUGCCAUCUACUCCAUGCGUCCAGACAUCCGCUGCAUCAUACAUGUGCACACUCCUGCCACGGCUGCUGUGUCAUCUAUGAAGUGUGGCAUCCUACCCAUUUCUCAAGAGGCAUUGAUCCUGGGUAAUAUCGCCUACUACAACUACCAGGGCAGUUUGGACGACAAGGAAGAGCGCAAAGAGCUGCAGAAGGCCCUGGGGCCAACGACGAAGGUUUUGGUGCUAAGGAAUCACGGUGUGGUUGCUCUCGGGGAGACCAUUGAAGAGGCCUUUAGCUACAUCUACAAUACCCAAUAUGCCUGCGAAAUCCAGGUUAAUGCCAUCUCGUGUGCUGGCAGCGUGGACAACCUGAUAGUGCUGGACCAGGAGAAGUACAGAUCGUCGGUGUUCGACGUGGCAGUAACGGGUGUUUCCAUGAAUAGCCAGUACAAGUGGAAGAUUGGCGAGCUGGAGUUUGAGUCUCUGAUGAGAAUGCUGGAUAACCUGGGCUACAGGACAGGUUACGCCUACAGGCACCCUAUCAUGCGAGAGAAGCCGAGGCACAAGAGCGAGGUGGAGAUCCCCGCCACGGUCACAGCAUUUAUGUUCGAGGAGGACGGGGACUGUGCCACGCGGCUGCCCUUCAAAUUCCUGCAGCAGCGGCAGCAGAGGGAGAAAACGCGCUGGCUCAACUCGCCCAACAGCUACACCAAGGUCAACGUGGAGGGCGGAGAGGAGCGCUACAACAGCAGGACGACCACGUGGAUGAAGGCGGAGGAGACGGGAACCCCGAUCCGGAUCGAGGACCCCAAUCAGUUUGUCCCACUCAACACAGACCCUAGUGAGGUCCUGCAGAAGAGGAACAAAAUCAGAGCGCAGAACCAGUUUGAUAUGAUGUCGUCAGGGCCGCGCUCUCAGCACCUUGCAGGCAUCCCUGUUGAUGAGCCACGACGGGAUCUGGUGCAGAUAAAAGUUCUGCCAUACGUGCCCACAGAGGAGGAGCAGAUGGCUCCCCUGCCUCCCAACCCCUUCAGUGAGCUGUCGGAGAAGGAGCUGCAGGAGUACCGCAAGAACGUGGAGAGGAGGCAACUUGGCCUCAGUGAUGGAGAGCACGAGCUAACCUCCGACGACGGCUCCACUCUCUCUCAGUCUCUGUCUCUCACCCAGUCCCCACAAAGCACUCCAGCUAAAGAAGACAACCACACGGGCCUGAUGAACGGCAAAGACGACCACGGCGACGUGGACAAGGAGCUCUCCAAGCGCAUCAGCCAGAUGACCACCAGCGUGGAGAGCGUGGAGAUCACGGUGCGCUUGGGCGAAAAGAUCGAGGAGGCGCUGUCCCCCGAGAGCUCGCCCUCCAAGUCUCCCAACACCAAGAAGAAGAAGAAGUUCCGCACCCCGUCCUUCCUGAAGAAGAACAAAAAGAAAGAGAAGACGGAGGCCUGAGAGCAAACGAGCAGCGGAGGGCGAGGCAGGCAGGAAGGCCGUCUGCACAGAAGAAGAAGAAGAAGAAGAAGAAGAAGAAGAAAGAGGGGCGGCAGCCACCUUUUCUGUUUAAUGUCUGUGUUUUUAUUUUGUCUCCGUUAUCAAUGUCCUUUAUGUUUUAAAUUUUAUUUGAGUUUUUUAACAAAAGGUUUUUAUGUGCAAAAGGCAGUAGAACGGAUUACAUUUCAAAUGAAUUGGAUUGCAACAGAAAAGAGAGGUCUCCUGCAAAAAGACAGAAAGAAAGAAUGUUUGGGAACGUUUUGGGAUGGGCAUGUGGGUCCACAAAUUAAAGUUGCAGCAGAUUUUGGGUGGGUGUUGGGUGUCUGCUCACCUCAUCACCUAUGCAGUACUCUAACAGGGCUCCUUAGAAGCCGUGAAGUGUCAUUUGAGGCCAUUUAGAUCCUGAGUAACUGGCUCCUUCUGUGUUGUUUCCCAGCCUGAAAAUAGAACUUGAAACCACCUCGCAUUUAUCUUGCUUCAAAGUCCAAUUUUUUUUUUAUUAUUGGAUUGCACUAGUGUUGAAACUAAAACCUUUUUUUUUUCUUCUUUUUUUUUAAAGACCUCCUCCGGUCUUUUAAGGUUUUGUUUUUACAUUCUGGUCACCUGACUGCAUAGGAAACUGAGAGGCCACGUGAAAUUUGAAGUCACACUGGAAAACUGGUCUCAGAAAAAAACAUGCCACAUUGUGUUGAUUUAUUUACUGUGAGAGAGGUUUCCUCUUCUGACACAAACCUUCUCUUCAGCUGAUUGUGGUUGAACUAGAAGGUGAGUUGAAGACUGGACUGGAGAUGGUAGUGAGGACGAAGGCUAGCAGUUUAGCACAACUAAAUUGACUUAAUCUCAAAGAGCCGAUGACUCACUCAGAAUAUUUAUGUAGCAUUUUCAUAUCUUUUCCUCUUCAUCUCAAUGUUUUUUGUUGUUUUUUUUGGGGGGGGGGGGUCCAAACUAAAUGGAAGAAACAAUCUCUUUUUAGUAAAGCGUCACUGUUUGUGUCUAGUUUGUCAUCUCAUGAAAUUGUAUCUUUUUUUUAUUGAACACAAAUUUGGUAUUAGUCAACUCUGUUUUGUACUCAUUUGUAAGCUUUUACAGAGAAUUACAGAUGUUACGCAUGUUUUCUCUUUUUGCAAGAACUGAAUUUAUAGGGCUGACUGUUCUGUAGUGAUGCCUGAUUGCUCAAAUUAUAUUCUAAUAGUACAGAGUACACACAUUUACUAUAUAACACAGAUAUAUGAAAACUGGAUAUGUUGGCUAUAGAUUUUUAACUAUAUAUUUUUUAUUUUAUUGUGCUGCACUUUUCUCGUGGUAUAUAACACAUUUUAGUUGCAGGUGGUUACACCAGUGAUGGAGAGUGUGAAGUUUUUGGUAAAAGUUGUGCAAGUAGCAAGCGAGGCAUGGUGUCGGAGAAAGGUCAGGACACAGAAAGUGAGUCGUAUGAGGAAAUAAAGAAUAGUCUUUCAUUGGUGUCGCACAUGAGAAAUCAUCUGUACUUCUCAACUCAACAAAACGGGAAGUGUAUUGCGGAAAUGCUUCGUCCAACUAUCUGCAGUCGCCAGCUGAAAUGAGAAUCAUGGGUCGUGGAGUUCGGAGCGAUGACAUCUUUUUGUUCGGUGUGUUUGUUUUUAAAGCCAUAUUGUAAUUUUUUUUUAAUGAUGAGACAAGGGUCGUGAUUCUCGUCUGCCUGCUCGGGCGCUAAGGACCCUAACGAGACCUCGGUUAAAUCACCCCAGUGACUGCAUCCACACCCCUCAGGCUCCCAAAAAACUUCUUCUUUUUUUUCUCCAGUAGCUACAUUCACAGCAGCUACGCUUCCUCGCUUAAUUUGCCAUAUAUUUCCUCCUGGAACUGGAACAUUAUCAGGAGGUCAUGUGGACAUUUUAUUUUUAUUUGAUCGCUCUGCGAGCCCGGUCGUCAUUUCAGCGUCUAAAAGCCUCCCCUCUUGUAAUUUCUCUAGUGAACACGACCGUAUGGUAACUGUCAGAUGACCCACAGUUGAACUCUGAAAAGCCAAAGUGUGAUGGGUUGCCACAUAUCCUCCCCCCGCAGUUUAACCAGAUGUACCAAUAUCCCAGCUAGCAAUGUGAAGUAUUGGAUUUGGGGGGAGGGAGGGUUUAGGGACACAUCUUUAGCUGUGUUAAAUGAUAGAUUUUGGCUCUGUGCAAAGAGCUGAGGUCACACAACUGAAAGAUGGAGACUUACAAGGGAGGUGUGAGUUUGGAAAUGGAAGUGCAUAUGUGUGUAGUGGAGAAGGCCAUGGGGUAAGGACAACCUGACACUAACGCACCAUGUUUUGAUCACUCAGACUGUCUUCUGUUAUACAAUCUCUCCUCCCGGAAACUGUUUUUUUCAUCCAUUUGUAUGCUUUCUUUUUUUCUUUUAGUUUGCAGAGAGCACUAGGCUUCUUUUUUUAUUAACCAUUUUAUGAGCAUAAAUUGCUCCCAGAUGAACUGAAUGUGCAUUGCAUCCCCUUUAGUUUCUCCUCUUCUGUUUCCGACUGUUUGCACCUUGCUUUACUAAUGCCUCUCUAUCCAAAUUUUGUUUCUGUUUUUAAAAAAAGAAUGACUUUUGCUUUGGCAUGCCAGAAUGAGCCAAGCUACUUUGUGACCUGUGAAAAUCCUAUAUAAAUGGUUAUCUAAUGGAGUUGCUUUUAGAUGUAUUGCUAAUCAGUGUAAAUUCACAAAUAAAACUGUAUUUUAAGAAA